CUGUGGUUACUCCAGUCCUGCAGAUUUGGCCGCCGGUUAAUACUUACAGCCGGGGUGGGAGCGCUGGAAGGGACCUGCUUUCCUUUUAGCGGUGCUGGAAGCUGUAAUGCACCGUGGCUCGGCUGAGUUAAUUCCCUUGAGCGCACGUCUGGUGCGAGCCGAGGGCCAGGCCAAGUGGGGAAGUAAACGCGCCGACCCUGCCGCGCUGAGGCAGAUGAUUUGGGUGGUGGGAGACCAACACCUGCUGCCUGGAGGUGUGAAGCUCGCUAGGGACCGUCCCUACUUUGGGGAGGCGGAGCCCUAGCCAAGAGCAGUUCUUCCUCUUCCUUGUCUUCCUUGGUAGUUGUUUUGGAGCUGCAGGGGCGCCGGAAGUGGAGAAGGCUCUGAGGGCACAAUGAAUAAUCCUAUUCCUUCCAAUUUGAAAUCAGAAGCAAAAAAGGCUGCUAAAAUAUUGAGAGAAUUCACAGAAAUAACUUCCAGAAAUGGACCUGAUAAGAUCAUUCCUGCCCAUGUUAUUGCUAAAGCCAAAGGUCUUGCAAUUUUAUCUGUGAUAAAAGCUGGAUUUCUGGUAACUGCUAGAGGAGGCAGUGGGAUCGUAUUAGCGCGUCUUCCAGAUGGAAAAUGGUCGGCACCUUCAGCCAUUGGAAUAGCUGGGCUUGGUGGAGGCUUUGAAAUAGGAAUUGAGGUAUCAGAUUUGGUAAUAAUUCUGAAUUAUGACAGAGCAGUAGAAGCAUUUGCAAAAGGUGGUAACCUAACACUUGGAGGGAAUUUAACUGUGGCAGUUGGGCCCCUGGGAAGGAAUUUGGAAGGAAAUUUAGCCUUAAGAAGCUCUGCAGCUGUCUUUACAUAUUGCAAAUCAAGAGGACUGUUUGCUGGUUUAUCUUUAGAAGGUAGCUGUUUGAUUGAGAGGAAAGAAACAAAUCGAAAAUUUUAUUGUCAAGAUAUUCGUGCUUAUGACAUUUUAUUUGGAGAUAUACCACGGCCUGCCCAAGCAGAAGAUCUCUAUGAAAUUCUUGAUUCCUUUACUGAAAAGUAUGAAAAUGAAGAACAACGAAUCAAUGCAAGAAAAGCAGCAAGGGAACAGAGGAAGGCUUCUGCUAAAGAAUUACCUCCAAAACCAUUGUCGAGGCCACAGCAAUCAUCUGCACCAGUCCAGCUGAACUCUGGUUCUCAAAGUAACAGAAAUGAAUAUAAGCUCUAUCCUGAACUUUCCAGCUAUCAUGAGAGUGUUGGUAAUUCACAUCAACCUAUGGAAGUGAUGGCACUAUAUUCUUUUGAAGGACAACAACCAGGGGAUUUGAAAUUUCAAGCUGGAGAUAGGAUCACAGUUAUAUCAAAAACAGAUUCACAUUUUGAUUGGUGGGAAGGAAAGCUUCGAGGCCAAACUGGCAUUUUUCCAGCCAACUAUGUAACAAUGAAUUAAAGUUUAUAUUAUUUUCCUCUUCUUUAAGAAUAUAUAUAUAUUUCUACAAUGACAGGAUUAUAGCCAGUUUAGCAUUGUUUAAAAUGAAUUUGAAAAUACUUCUGUUUAUUCUACAAACUCUUAGUCCAGUAUAUAAAAGAUUUUCUUUUCCUAUAUAUAAAUAAAUGGUUACAUAUCUUUAAAUGCUCUGUACUAAUUUUAUCAUAUAUACUAUUUAAUAGUUGUUAGCCUCCAAUUUAUGUGGUCACAUUUUUGUGUGUACAUUUUCAAACAUUACUGAACAUUUUUCUAGCUGUGUAUAUCUUGUUUAUUUUGAUUUGAGAAAUAGGGAUAGGGCCACAUAUGCCAAUUCUUAACGUUUCUAUUUGAAAGUGGCUAGAGAAGAAAAAUCAGCUUAAAUCAAGUAUUAAAUAAUAAUUAGAAUUUUAGGUGCUAACUAGGAUAUGAAUCCUUUAAAAUAAUCUUUGCAUUUUCAAAAAUCAUUUGAAUACAUUUAUAAGAAAUGUACAGUUACAAAGUUCAACCACAAUGCAUUAAAAAAAGAUAUUUAUUAUAUUUUCUUCUUUAUGAGGUUAUCUAUGUCUUAGUUAUUCAUAGCCAUUUUUUGUUUUUUAAUUAGAGAAAUUGUAGGUUUACAGAAAGUCAUGUAAAAGAUACAAUGUUCCCUAUUGUUGACAUUUUGCAUUAGUGUGGUACCUUUGUAACAACUGAUAAAAGAUUAUUAAAGUAUUACUUGUUAACUAUAGUCCAUAGUGUACAUUAGGUGUGUUUUAUUCCCAUUAUUAACACCUUGUAAUAAUGUCAUACAUUUGUUAUAGUUUAUGAAAGAACAUACUUAUAUUUGUGCUAUUAACCACUGUCUGUCAUCCACAGAAGGGUUCUCUGUGAUAUACAGUUCCAUGUUUUAUCUUCUAACUUUCCUUCUAGUAACAUACACAACCCAAAAUUUCCCCUUCAACCACAUUCACAAACAUAAUUGAGCACUGUUAAUUACACUCACAGUACAGUGCUAC